GGCAAGUAAACAGUACACUUCCGGUAUUUUGUGCUCUGUUGACAUCCGUCUCAUUAAGUCCUAUCUCGUACAGUCAACCCGGAUUUCCCUGUAAUUUUUAGUGCUUCUCAGUCCUCUCUUUAGCCGGGGAUAGUGUGAGAAGGGCGGGUUGUCUUCGUUCAUGAGGAGCCGGCUGUAGGAGCUCAGCAGCCGGGUAGGAGAGAUGACGGCUGGGCUGCUGAUGGUGCUCCUCGGGGGGCUGCUAGAGGUCUGCAGUGGAGUGUCAGCGAACAGAGGGGGAUACCCGUCCUUUACAGACGAAAUCCCCUUCAAAAUUACCUGGCCUGGCCCUGAAUUCACGCUGCCGACUGCAGGUGCAUUUUAUAAGGAAGAUGACUACGUGAUCAUGACAACGACAGAGAAGGAGAAAUAUAAAUGCCUCCUGCCCUCUCUGACAGAAGGAGAAGAGGACGAUGAGAAGGAGUACACCGGGCCCACACCUGGUGAACUUCUGGAGCCACUAUUCAAACGCAGCAGCUGCUCCUACAGGAUUGAGUCUUACUGGACGUACGAGGUGUGCCAUGGAAAACAUAUCAGACAGUAUCAUGAAGAAAAGGAGACUGGGCAGAAAAUUAAUGUUCAGGAGUACUUCCUGGGGAUCAUGUCACAGAGGAGCACGUCCACAGAACCCACUGAGGAGCCAGAAAAUGUGAAAUCAUCAGAUGAAACAGAAGUUCCCACAAAGAACAUAGAAGGUCAGCUGACUCCUUACUACUCGCUGGAGAUGGGAAACGGGACUCCUUGUGUGCUUAAGCAGAACUUGGCUCGCAUCACAUCCGUGCUGUACGUCUGUCACCCAGAGGCCAAACAUGAGAUCCUGUCAGUCGCAGAGGUCACAACCUGUGAAUACGAGGUGGUGGUGUUGACGCCACUGCUUUGUGCACAUCCAAAGUACAGGUUCAAGUCCUCUCCUGUGAAUGCCAUCUUCUGCCAGGCUCUGGCUGGCUCUCCUCUGCGACCACAGAAGCUCACCUUGUUGGACAAGGAGCAAGAGGAUCAGAUGAAGCCGCCUUUCCGUUCCAGCGCUGAGACCGCAGAGGAGGAAGUGUCACCAGUAAGAGAAGAGGCCUUCACCUCCACCCACAAGCCCAUGGCUGUUGGAGGGCAGUCUCAGAUCACCGUCGGCACCACCCACAUCUCUCGUCUGACUGAUGAACAGCUGAUCAAAGACUUCCUCAGUGGCUCGUACUGCCUGCAUGGGGGUGUUGGAUGGUGGAAAUAUGAAUUCUGUUACGGAAAGCACGUCCAUCAGUACCAUGAGGAAAAAGAUCAGGGAAAGAACAUUGUAGUGGUCGGCAGCUGGAACAUUGAGGAGCACAUCGACUGGGCAAAGAAGAACGUCGCCCGAUCCUACCAACUCAAAGACGAUGGAGUGCAGAAAGUCAAGUUGGUCUCCCACUUUUACGGCCACGGGGAUGUGUGUGAUCUGACAGGAAAACCAAGACAGGUCAUUGUUAAGCUCAAAUGUAAGGAGUCGGAGUCUCCCCACGCUGUCACUGUCUACAUGCUGGAGCCUCAGACCUGUCAGUACAUCCUCGGGGUUGAGUCUCCGGUCAUAUGCAGAAUUCUUGACACUGCUGACGAGCAUGGACUUCUGUCGAUCUCCGGCUAAGCUGAGAAAGAUCACAGGACAGAGACAACGCAUAAAGGACAAGAAGAGGACAGAAGGAGAGGGGUGCACUUGAAGGAAUUAAAUAGUAGCCUCUUUGUGGGAGGAGGAUAGAUGCCCUUGGAGCUGCACCAAAUGCCAAACUGGAGGUUUUACUUGAUCCUGAGGCUGGACUUCAGGUAACCUGUAAACGCAGCCUCAGCCCGCGCUCAUCUGUGCAGCGGGCAGUGCUACAUCAGAGCCUUAACUAGCUGGUGAGACUGAUCAGACGCUGUGAAACAGCAGAAUGGGGCUGAAGCCUCACUCCAUAAGGCAGUAGAUUUAUUGCCUGUCCUUCAUAUCUAUGCUUCACUUUGUGUUGGUUAAAUUCAAGUGAUGGGUUACUGAAUCAGCAAAAAGAAAAUCAGGGAAAGCAAAAAGAUUCAUGUUGGUUCUGUUGUCUUCAGAGCGUGUGUGUGAGUGUGAACGCUGCACUUAAAGUUAUGAGAAAUGUAAGUCUGAGAAUGUUUUGCAGCAGUUAGAAUGUGUGCUGUGUUAAUUUUUCAGGUUGAAUGUGUGUAACUUAUGCAUUAGAGGGUGUGGAGAGGAAAUAUUAAGUCUGCAAAACAUGAUUUAUAAAGUUUCAUUUAAGUUUUAAGGAUAUGCAGAAUGUCUGUGGGCUCCUGUAAGAGGUAAUCUGUGGUUUUAUGAAGAUGCACACGGGUCUUGUUAACUGCUGUAUCACAGGGAUGAAAAUCAAUGCAUCUGCAGCAAAGAAUAAAAACUUAAACU